AUGUUGUUAGAGGAAGUUGAAGACUGGUGGGAUAAUGCGCGUCAGAGACUAGAGAUCGUAGGUACUGAGAUUACAUGGGUUGUGUUCAGGGUACAUUUUCUAGAGAAGUACUUUCUUGAGGAUGUGCGCAGUAAGAAAGAGAUCGAGUUCCUCGAGCUGAAACAAGGGAAUUCGACAGUUACUAAGUAUGUUGCGAAGUUUAAGAAGCUGGUGAAGUUUUGUCCAUACUAUAAUGGUGCGGCUGCUGAGGGGUCGAAGUGUAUCAAGAUCCGAUCUGCUUACUAUAAGAGUUUUAGUGGGAAGAAAAGGGAGGAUCAGAAUCGUGGGAAACCGUAUAACGCUCCAGCUUACAAAGGGAAGCAGAAGGCUGAUCAGAAGGCUAUAGGUGGGAAACAGAAAAGUGGUGGAGGAACUCAUACUUCUAUGAGAUGUUUCAAAUGUGGUGAGUUUGGACAUCGCGCUCCUGAGCGGAAGAGCACAAUAGUGAAUUUCUCCAAGUGUGGAAAGCCAGGUCACUGA